AUGAAGGAGAAAGAGGAUGCUAUACGCCUGUAUUUGACACCAAGAAAUGGUCUUCCUGAAGAUAUCACGAAACAAAUCAUGGCAAACAUAAAACAUGACAUAUUGAAAAAGAAACUUGAUACAGUUGUAGAUAUGGACCUUUUGCUCUCACUUGUUCCCUGGAAUAUUGAAAUCUCCAUCAAGCAGCACGUGGGCAUGAAUGCGGUCAAAAAUGUACGAGUGCUUCAAGGUAUGGAUGUAAGGGUGUUGGAAAAGAUCUGCGAGUAUCUGAAGCCAGUGACCUACCCAGAUGGCCACAAAUUCCAAACAAAAGAUGCAAUUGAUUCGAUGCUUUUCAUCACAGAAGGCGAAAUUAUAUCUACGAUUUUACCGUGUCAAGAGAAGCUUGAUUGUUUCGGUGAACAACUUUUGUGGUGGGUAUCACCGAGUAUCUCCUGUACUAACCUUGAUCAUCCUAAGCCGACCCAAAAUGUCCAGUGCCAUGGAAAAGUAGAAGCAUUUGCUCUCCUGGCCAAGGAUUUGAAAAGUGUAGUCACUGAAUUCAGACGUCAAUGGAAUUGGGGUUUAUACAGAUGUGACACUGGUUCUCCUGAUUUGCCACGUCCCCGCGACAUGACUAAUGAGACAUAUAUUCGGUUGUGGCAGCAAAAAUUAAUCGAGGCACGGAAGAAUAAAAUCAGCGAAGAGAUACUUAAAUGGCUGGAAAGUACUUGUCUCGGUGACGAGGUUGUGAAUCGAAAAGUAAGGAAACACAUAAGAGAAACUAACGUAGAGAAAAAAGAGAUGGAUGCUGUUGUGGAUCUGCGUUUCAUAUUCUCUAUUCUUCCCCAGGAUAUCAAAAGUACUAUCGGCAUGAAGGCGCUGAGGAAUGUAGACUUGUUUAAAAAAAUGCCAGAUUCCAUGCUGGAAAAUGUCUCAAUGUAUCUCCAUCCAGUGAUCUACGACGAGAAUAGCUACGUUGUUAAAGCAGGAACUAAGCUUGAUUUGAUGCUCUUCGUUAUAAAAGGAUUAAUUAUAUGCACCAACACUUCUACGGAUGUUGCAACGACAGGGUCCUAUAUGAUCCCCAAGCUAUUUCUUGAGAAAGUUCAAGUGUCAAAAAGAGUUGAAGCUUUUUCUCUCAAGGCCUCGCAACUGCAAGAUGUAGUCUCCAGAUUCGGAAACAAGUGGAGUGAAUAUUUCACUGCCCCUAAUCAUGAAAACAAGACUUAUCUACAGAAGCUAAAAGAGGUCCAUAAGCAGUUGGCUACUACAACAUGGGCGGAGAUCGACGAUGAGGAGUUUAAACAGCAGAUGAAGAUCAUGACCAGGGAGAAAGAUAUACUAGACUGGCUUUUAAGAAUUGAUUUCCCUGAAGAUGUGACAACAAAAGUCAUGGAAAAUAUCAAAGAGAAGAAAGUAGUGGAGAAAGACGUAGAUCGUCCCGCAGAUUGCCCCGUAGAUGUGGAGUAUCUACUCUCUGUUGAUCUCCCUUGGACUAUCGAAAAGCGUUUAAGGGACCAUCUCUGCAUGCAUACGCUGGAGAAAGUACCUCUGCUUCAAGAUAUGCCAAAAGCCAUUUUGGAGUCUAUCUGCAGUAAUCUCAAGCCGGUGGUCUACAGAAACAACAAUCACUACGUUGUUAAAAAAGGAGAAGAACUUGAUCUGAUGCUCAUUAUUGUAGAAGGAGAAAUAAUAUUGACUGAUAAUGACCCGGUUAGUAGCGAAGCUGAAACGACGAAUUCUUCAAUCAUCCCACAAAGUCUUGGGAAAGGCCAUUUUUUUGGGGAUGAACUUUUGAAUUGGUUCUCACCCGCAAAUAAAUUUGCCGGCUCUGCUCCAAUCUCCCCCCACAAUGUCCUCUGUCAAACGAAAGUAGAAGCCUUCACUCUGACGAGAAGUAUGUUGAGAAGUGUAGUGUCCGACCACAACAGUGAUUGGAUGUCAAAAUUCAAAAAUGUUGACGAUGCGCAGCAGUUGAAGGAUUUGAAAAUUCUUGACGAAAGGAUUGAUGAGCAGUUAGGAAAAACAAAUUUGGACGAGAUUGUGGAUGAAGAGUCAGAACAGCAGGUGAAAAUCAAGAACAAGGAGAAAGAAAUAGAUAACUGGGUAUCAAGAAAUGGUUUUGAUGAGGAAUUGAAGACAAAAAUCAGGUUUCACAUGAAAAUAAAUAAUGCAGUUGAAGAAAAUAUAGAUGCUGAAGUAGAUGUGGAGUAUUUAUUCUCUCUUAAAUUUCCAUGGAUUGAUAUUGCCAAACCUGUAACGGAGCAUCUCUGUAUGGGCACCCUUAAAAAGGUACCCAUGCUUCAGAAAAUGCCUGAAGACGUCUGGAAAAAGAUGUGCUUCCAUUUGGAGGCAGUGGUCUACAACGAGAAAGAGUUUGUGGUUCGAGAAGGACAAUCAUUCGAUUUUGUGCUCAUCAUUGUGGAAGGUGAAAUUGAAUGGACAAUAGCGACUAGUGAUGGUGGACCAGCGGAUUCCACAUUAAUCACCAAGGGGAGAGGUGAUUUUUUCGGAGAAAGACUUCUGAACUGGGCAUCACCCAAAAUCAUGUUUUUUGGCUCUGCUCCUAUCUCAAAAAGUGAUGUCAAAUGUAAAACAAAAGUAGAAGCCUUUCGUCUAACAACCAAACACUUGAGAAGUGUAGUCUCUGAAUACGACCUUGAGUGGAAUUCAAAGUUCAUCGAUUGCAAUGACCCGCAACAGAUGUAUAUGCAGUGGCAAAAGGGAACCAUAAAACUGAAUGAAAUUGAGGAUGAAGAGUUAAGAAAGGCAGUGAAGAUCAAGAUCAAGGAGAACGACAUAUUUGAGUGGAUGUCAAGCAACGGCCUCAGUGAAGAAUUGAAGGAAAAAAUCAAGUUAGAGAUACAAAAGAGAAAUGCAGUCGAAAGGAAUAUAAAUACUGACUUGUAUUUGAAAUUUAUAUUAUCACUUGGAGGUAUAUGGGAUGACAUAACUAAAGGUAUAACAGAGCAUUUCUGUAUCGACACGCUAAAGAGAGUACCCAUGCUUCAACUUUUGCAUGAAGAUGUCUUUAAAAAGAUGUCCUUCCAUGUCGAGGCAGUUUUCUUCAAUGAAAAUGACUUCAUCGUUCAAAAAGGGCAAUCAUUGGAUUUUGUGCUCAUUAUUGUGGAAGGCUUAAUUGAAUGGACCAACAUGACUAGUGAUGUUGAAACAACAGAUCCCACGAUAAUCACCAAGGAGAAAGGUGAUAUUUUUGGAGAAAAACUUCUAAAUUGGGCAUCUCCCAGCAUCAUGUUUUCUGGCUCUGCUCCAACCUCCACUGAAGAUGUCUUAUGUCGAAAGAAAAUACAAGCCUUUAGCCUGACCGCUGAAAACUUGAGAAGUGUGGUCUAUGAUUACAAGCGCGAGUGGAAUUUGAAUUUCAAAAAUUGCAAUGGUCAGCAACAAUCGGAGGUGGCUACAAUUGUCAACAACAAAAUUGAUGAGACAUAUAAGCAGUUGCAGUUGGGAACCAUAAUACUGAAUGAUAUUGAGGAUGAAGAGUUAAGAAAGGCAAUGAAGAUCAAGAUCAAGGAGAAUGACAUAUUUGAGUGGAUGUCAAGCAACGGCCUCAGUGAAGAAUUGACAGAAAAAAUCAAGUUAGAGAUACAAAAGAGAAAUGCAAUCGAAAGGAAUAUAGAUACUGACUUGUAUUUGAAAUUUAUAUUAUCACUCGGAGGUAUAUGGGAUGACAUAACUAAAGGUAUAACAGAGCAUUUCUGUAUCAGCACGCUAAAGAGAGUACCCAUGCUUCAACUUUUGCAUGAAGAUGUCUUUAAGAAGAUGUCAUUCCAUGUCGAGGCAGUCGUCUUCAACGAAAAUGACUUCAUCGUUCAAAAAGGGCAAUCAUUGAAUUUUGUGCUCAUUAUUGUGGAAGGUGUAAUUGAAUGGACCGACAUGACUAGUGAUGUUGAAACAGCAGAUCCCACAAUAAUCACCAAAAAGAAAGGUGAUAUUUUUGGAGAAAAACUUCUGAAUUGGGCAUCACCUGAGAUCAUGUUUUUAGGCUCUGCUCCUACCUCGAUGAGAGAUGUCAAGUGUAGAAAGAAAGUACAAGCCUUUAGCCUGACUGCUAAAAAUCUAAGAAGUGUGGUCUAUGAAUACAAACACGAGUGGAAUUCAAAUUUCAAAAGUUGCAACGAUCAGCAGCAGUUGGAAGGUGUUAUAGUUCUCCGCAACAACAUUGAUAAGACAUAUAAGCAGUUGCAGUUGGGAACAAUAAGACUGAAUGAAAUUGAGGAUGAAGAGUUAAGAAAGGCAAUGAAGAUCAAGAACAAGGAGAAUGACAUAUUUGAGUGGAUGUCAAGCAACUGCCUCAGUGAACCAUUGAAGGAAAAAAUCAAGUUAGAGAUACAAAAGACAAAUGCAAUCGAAAUGAACAUGGAUACUGACUUGUAUUUGAAAUUUAUAUUAUCACUUGGAGGUAUAUGGGAUCAAAUAACUAGAGGUAUAACAGAGCAUUUCUGUAUCGGCACGCUAAAAAGAGUACCCGUGCUUCAACUUUUGCAUGAAGAUGUCUUUAAAAAGAUGUCCUUCCAUGUCGAGGCAGUUUUCUUCAAUGAAAAUGACUUCAUCGUUCAAAAAGGGCAAUCAUUGGAUUUUGUACUCAUUAUUGUGGAAGGUGUGAUUGAAUGGACCGACAUGACUAGUGAUGUUAAAACAACAGAUCCCACAAUAAUCACCAAGAAGAAAGGUGAUAUUUUUGGAGAAAAACUUCUAAAUUGGGCAUCUCCCAACAUCAUGUUUUCUGGCUCUGCUCCAACCUCCACUGAAGAUGUCUUAUGUCGAAAGAAAAUACAAGCCUUUAGCCUGACCGCCGAAAACUUGAGAAGUGUGGUCUAUAAUUACAAGCUCGAGUGGGAUUCAAAUUUCAACAAUUGCUGAUUCGCAGUGUGCAGAGUGAAAAAGACUAUUGAACAAAACAUUGAAGAGAAAAUUAUGAAUAAAUCAUCUCCCACUAUGAUGGUUUUUAUGAAUACAUGUAUUUAAUUUGAUUAUCGACCAUUAGGUCUCCCUAUCCCAUAAUUAAAUAAAGGGUCCUUGACCCAAAGCAUCAAAAUUGGACAAAGUUAUCUCACUUAACCCAGCAAGAGAUUUUUAUUUCCAGUUAUCCUAUUUGAAGUAA